GAUCUGUACGAUUCUCGGAGUAAACGAAUAAUCGAAUAACCGAUGAUAAUUUUUUCAAUAGUUUAGAAAAUCUGGCGCUUUAUACUUUAUGUGCACUGUACAUUUUGUGAUGUGUAAAUAUUUUCUUAUGAAUUUUUAUAGACCGUCGAUCCGUCUAACUUGAGAAAUAAUCCUAUCGACAAAGAAAUAAUGUUCGUUAUUCGAUUAAACAUACUCGUUCUUCUUUUUCUUCAAAAAAAUGCAAAAUCGCAAGAUCUUUUCAACGCCGACAAACAAACACCUUUCAUUUUAGAUAUUUGCAAAUUAUCCGCAUCGAAAUCUGUAAUUUUCUUACACCAUAAAUCUACAAAAGAAAUGGAAAUGACAACGAUAAUUUUCAAAUGGAGACGUGCACUUUCUCGUGAAGGGAUUGCGAGCACGAAUUUGCAUUUUUCACAAUUGCACAAAUCAUCGUACUACGUAAAACAAAUCGUACGACCGUAUUACAUAGCAGUGAUCUUUAAUAACAACGCGAUUAAUGCGUUCUCUUUAGCAACAACUACCUUUGACAUGUCUUCAGCUAUGUGGCUAGUAAUAUUCAUUUACAAGGAACAUGAUUUCGAUUAUUGUCACAAUCCACCAGGUAAUAUAUUUCAUCUAAAAUUCGACUCAGAAAUGUUAGUCCGCUGUGGUACGGAAAAUAUUUUAUGGGAAUGCUAUAUGGAACUUAGAGAAAGGAAUCACUAA